GCGGGGAGGCGGAGAGGUGGGCGGAGCGACUCACCAGUGCGGCGCAUGUUCUGAGGGCGGCGCACCACGCGCAGCGCAGGAAAAGCGAAGAAUAUUCCCGAGAUUUUACUUCUUGAGUGACGACGAUCUUCUCGAGCUGUUGGGCCAAGCGCGUGCCGGCUCCGAAGGCAGGGAGAACGUGAUGCAGUCACACCUCAAGAAGCUGUUCCCGGGCAUCACCGGCGUCCGGCUGGGACCUGGCGGCACGUGUAUCACCGCGCUCACCUCCCAUCACGACGAGGUGCUGCAGCUGGAUCGAUCUGUCGAUACUGACUGUGCUGUUGAGGUUUGGUUGAAAAACCUCGAGAGUGAAAUACGUUCCACAUUGAAAGGUAUUACACUAAAAUGCUUACGCUCGACAAACAUGCAAGAUAAUGAUCCGUUUUCGCUGCCCACGCAAAUAAUAUGCCUAGCGCAGAACAUUAGAUUCACCGAGCAGGCUGAGAACGCGAUCGCGAACAAAACACUGCGCAGUUUGAAAGAUACGAUCGAAAAGGAGAACGCUACUUAUAGCGGUGUUGAGGUGGAGGACGAAAGUGAUAUAUGCAAGAAGCGGGCGUUGAUACUGCAGUGCGCCUGCUAUAGGAAUAUCGUGGAUGGUCUGAUUGCGAACAAUGUCUCGUCUGUGGCGGACUGGAUGUGGCAAAAACAACUGAGGUUCUACGUGACACAAAAAGAUGAUGUAGUGGCUAAGAUGGGCCUGGCGACCAUACCGUACUCCUACGAGUAUCUGGGUGUUGGCACCGGACAGUUCGUCAGGACCGAGCUGGCUGAGGAGUGCUUCCUCAUUCUCACGCAGUCUCUACAUUUUGGAUUUGUGGGAAAUCCCUUUGGUCCCGCGGGAACAGGGAAAACUGAGUCUGUCAAAGCACUCGGUGGUUUGGUGGGAAGACUGGUGCUCGUGUUUAACUGUGAUGAGGCAAUGGACGCGUCGUGCAUGGGACGGCUAUUGUCGGGGCUCGCGCUCAGCGGCGCGUGGGGCUGCUUCGACGAGUUCAACCGGCUGAGUGCGGAGACCCUGGCGGCCGUCACGCACCACUUCAUAUCCUUGCUGCGAGCCAUGCAGGAGCCUGACGGGGCCAACGCUGUGGCCACGCUCAACGGGAAGUCGGUGACGGUGUCCAAGUGGUGCGGCGUGUGUGUGACCCUGAACCCCGCGGGGCGCGGCUACGGUGGCCGGCGGUCGCUGCCCGCCGCCCUGGCCCGCGUGCUGCGGCCCGUGGCGCUCGCCGAGCCGCCGCCCGCGCCGCUCGCCGAGCAUCUGCUCGCCGCGCACCAGGCCGCUGAACCUCACAACAACUGA